GUCCGAUUCCAAACAAGCUUUCCUAGUUUCAAAAUGGUUGUGAGCACCACCACAAGCGUGUUAUGCAAUGUUUAUGCAAGGUCAUAUCGAAGGAACUUCGAAUCGAAUUGGGAUCCCACGCGUGCGCCUUGUAUCCGGUAGACGCCGAAUCUAUGCCGAAAAGACACUCGCAUCUCCUCGUCUACCUGCUGCCAAUAUCACAAUACUUGCAGUAUAUUCAGAAUUGCCAUAUCAGUACCCCGUAGAGAGCCCAAACUGUAUUAUAGAACCUCCGGUGAUAACGUGUACAAUCUGGUGUACAGAGCUGGGAAUAGAGAUUCAGGUGUGUCCAGAGUUCCUCACCGUGCAAGCGCUGUAUGAGGGGUUGUUGGUCACCAUCUGGACCACGGCCCAAAAGAUACCUCAGCACCGCUGCAGUUGCUCGGCACAGCUGGCCACCGUCUUGGUGUUCCUUACCACUUUGACCAUAGUGGGGAGGUGCUAUGCGUCCGCUAGCGCAGAGGCGCCCUUAGGCCAAUUUGUCUCGAACCCUCAGUCACCACUCUAUAAUUCCAAAUUCCCAACUUCCAGUUUAGUAUUAAGUAGGCUAUUUAUUCCUGGUCGUCUUGUAAAAAGUGAUACUAGAGUAAUUCGCGGAAAUUCUAAAGUGUUGCACAGUCCGUACCUCAGAAAAAUUAGAACUAAGCGUGAGUUCAAGGCGGCCCAACGCAACCGGAUCGCCGACCUGAAGAGCAAAUCGAUAUCCGAAGAGAACUCGACCACUUUUAAGAACUCUAAUCCUAACACCGACGUAUUCUCCUUGCGGAAUAGCAAAAUUUUCGGACAGGUCGAUGGAUCCAAGCUCGAACUGAGUGCUCACGCCGGUAACGAUAGUGAAGGUGGAAGUGAAAUUUAUAAUACGACGCGAGUGAUCAGUACGAACAGAACCGAAGUCGAAGCGCACCAAAACGACAGCAGCUUCCACGAAGAGGGCAAGGAGCUCCUUAGAAGCACGCAGCGGCCCAUGCCGCCAGCGCAUGCUCACGACAACGAAUCAUCUGGGGCGGUGAGCGCGUUUGGCAUUAUCCUGGUGGUGGUCCUGCUGACAGGGGCGGUCUUGGGGCUGGUCACGUGCCUGCUGAGCCACCAGAGGGGUACGGGGGGCGCCAGCGGGGCGGGCACGCCGGCCACCCACCCGCACCACGCCGCGGAUUCUCCGACCACUGCACCCAUGCUGUCGGUUGUGAGUGCCGGCGCCGCGGCGGGGAUGGGCGGCAUGGAUCGGUUGCGAGGGGGCAGAGCUGCCCGAGAGCUGGCGGCGACGAGAGACCGCCAAGUCAGACUGCACGCGGUGCACACCGACAUCGCCAUCAACCUGCCGCACAGCAUCGCGAUGCCCGACGGCGAGGAACACCCCUUCACCUCCUCCAGGCUGCACAUACGGGACGCAGAGCAGGAAUCUGAAAUCUACCAGAAAUGCAUCCGACCACCACCCAAUCGCACAGUAUUGGAGAGCGAAUCGCCACCACCCUACCGGUCCAGUUCGGCGGGUGUCCUAGCAUCCUCAUCGAGCUCCUCCAGCGGCAGCGACUGGUCGGCUGGCUCGGCGCCGCUGGUCGUCCGUUGCCAUUCGAUGUCCUCAACGUCCAAGCCGAUAUCCUCGAGUUCUCACCCAAACGCCACCAGCCAAAAGACUGAUUUUUUACAAAGGACUGUUAAAAUUUUUACCGGCAAAAAGACGCAGCACCACCAGCCGCCCCCUGCCCCCACGUUACCCGUGGUCGUCGUGCCGGCGACGUCCAGAAGUCGGAGGACGGACCCCAGCCGUCCGAAGCCGCCUCCGGGAGUCUGACCACACGUUCCCACUUAGUUGACAUUAAAUUUGUGAAUUGAUUACUUUAAAACAGAUUCCAUAACUCAUUAAAUUAUAUGUUGUACUGGAUGGUCCAAAAAAAUGCUUCCCGAGUUUUUUUUUGUACGACUCAGUGAUUCAUUCAACGACUAUGAGGACGUUUAGCCUUUUAUAAAAUAAUAUAUAUUUAUCAGUGAACUGGACACUUUUUUAAUGUGGUUUACAUGUGUAUUAUAUCCAAGGAGAACUCUAAAGUAGUAAUCCUAGGAAGAGGUGGGAUAUCCCGAACAUGCGGUGCCAAAUAUAAGGAGUUUGUGUACUGUGUACAUAGUUUUGUAAAUGCAGGGCAACAUCUUCAAACACACACCAAAACAUAAUAUCUACGUAUUUUCUAAAGCCGCAACUUUUACUCGUACUUUUUAAAGUCACACGCACCGGAACGACAUCAAAAGUCAGUGUUUCAGGUGAAUCCUUGUCACAUAUUUAUGGUUAGACGAAUUGAACUUUGGAGGAAAAAUACUAGAUGGCGACUCUCAAAAGCAUAUCUCUCACCCUUAAGGUUCACGCGAAAACAUUUUUACAAAAUCGCAAAAAUUGGUAUCGUAAGAAAUUUUUAAUAAAAGAAAUUUUUAAUAAAUUCUGUUCUAUGUUAUCCUGCACCAUCAAUGAAGAAAAUCUAUUAUAUUAAACGUUUAAUUUUCAUUCAGUGUUAACAUCUAGUUACUCUAGAUUCUUUGCCUUUUCAUUUGUUGCAAUUAGAAAAGGAUACAGCACAUCCAGGGCAUCUAGAUCUUGACAGGCAUUUUUUAGGAGUGUCGCCAUCUAUAUUCUAGUCCCUAAAUUUGACGAGUUGUCUGACUAUAGAUAUAUAUGUACAAACAAAGACUAGACUCAAAAUUUGUCAAUAAGAGGUUGUGUCAAAAUAUUUUUUUACAAAAUUGUUUUAUCUAACUAAGAAAUCAGUUUCAUGUAGAAUUCCUUUAAUUUCCAUGUCUAUAUCCACUUGAUUUGCCUAUUUUUGCAGUUAAAUAUCGUUGCUUAUGUGGCCACUUUAAACACACGUAAUUUUAUUUUAAUUUUUUUUUAAUUGGUAAACAUUUUGGUGUGGUUUUGAGGCGAUUGCCCGGUAUACUCGUAAACGGAAAACAUAUGAUAUUAUUAAAUCAAAAUAUAUUUGGCGAUAGGCCGCAACUUGCUACUAUUGAUAUUCCAGUAACCUAAAUUAUAAACAAUUGACAGUAGAACAUUGUUCUGUUUUUAAAUAUUGUUUAUUGAAGAAGAAAAAUACAAAAUGGGAUAUUAAGUGCAAAAAAUGGAAGAUGGAAGACUUGAAUAAAGGACUUUUCUUUUUAUGCUAAAAAAAGUGUUCAUCUGUUAGUCAAACCGUGGUCAAACUAGCUCCAACUAAUCAUCACUUCUGUCUGUCUUCGUGUGACCCUCAAAAAUAAUUGCCUACUUCAAAAAGUACGUUAUCUUUUUUGCAAAAUAACUUUGUUGGUUUUCGUUUAUCGUUUAUUUUAAAUUUUGAAAAAUUCGGUAGUAUGUUUCAAGCACCAGUACCAAAGAAUAUAUGCUGUUAAAGAAAAAGUCACGGAUAUUAAAAGUAUAACUUGUUUUUAUUUCGAUAUAAGAUAUUGGGAAUAUGUGUUUGAUACGUGAAAAUGUAAAAAACUGUGCAACAUACAAAAAAUUAACAAAGCAGUGUAUUACGUAAAGAAUUUUGUUGCUAUAUUUUUUUUCAUAGAUUUAUGUUUUACCGUUACAAUGCAUAUUCCUAAGUUUGUUCAUUGUUACCUGUAUUCCAUUUGUAUAAAAAAAAUUCUGUUUGGCACUCCUAAAAAUAUACCUUGUUCCAUAUUUAAAAUAAUUAAGCAAUUCGUUAUUUUGAUUUGCAAUCGGUUAUCUUCCAAAAUAUGUAUAAAGUAAAAUUUGUUUAGUCUCCCAACUGUGAAAAGAAUAUGUAAUUACAAUUUGAAAUUAUCUACAUCUAAAAAAAGUUUUGUAAACAUGUCAUAGACUUUUAUCAUUAAUGACGAUGUUUUUUGUUUAUCGCUUUUAGUACGUUUUUUUUUUAAUUUCUUGCCAUGUCAUUUAAGCACACAUGAAUAUGAUCACACAAAUCCGGAGCUGACGAUUGAACGCCUUGUGUUGAAUUAUUUGUGAAGCUCUUAAUUUCUAAAUAUUUAUUCAAUACAAAAGAUGUAUUAUUGACGAUUCAGAAAUCGGUGUUUUAGUAAAAUCCAAGUUCUGAGUAUAAAUAGGUACACAUUUUUUUUUUCGACUAGGUUUUGAGCUAAGAAUCGCAUCAUGUACGUGUACUAUAAGAAUGAAUAAUUUUUUGGAUCAGUAUUCAUCAAGUAUUAAUUUUUUGUAGAUAGCGUGAAACUGUUCAGAGGUGAACUGAUUUGUAUGGGUAACUUUUUUUUAUUAGGAGAAAUUGUGACGUUUAAAUCGUGUUCAGCAGUAGCUGCUGAUACAAGUGCCAGUUCAGGUUUUAGGAAGUUCGAAGUGUUAUUAAUUUAUUUUUGUUUUUUUUUUAACAUAUUUCGAAAAGAAAUUCUUUCAAUCUAGUCAUUUUGAUCAAGUUGUGAUUGGUUUUGAGGGUGCGCACUUGAGCAAAUAGAUUAUCUAGCAAAUGUUAAAUUAUAUAAUUAAAUAUAUUGCAAAAAAUAUUAUAUGGUAGACAGAACCGUAUAUCUAGUGGAACAUAAGCAUUAUUGUGAUGAUAAGGUGCUUGGGAUCAUAAUAUGUGCAUAUAACUUGUAAACCAACAAAAGACAAACAUAUAUUCCUAUAAAAAGUUUAUUUUUUGUAUCGAGUAGAGUAGUUAUUAUUUAUUUUCAGAGCAUUUCCCAAAAACACCUAUUUUCUAGUUGUAAUUACUUCAGUGGUAUAUAAUUUAUUUUUUUUAUUGCUAAGGUGCGACUUUACAUUAACUAUAAUAAAUUUGUCUUAUCAAUGAUUUCGUGAUGCUAUUUUAGUUUGUUUUAGUCAAGAUAGCUUAAAAAAGCGAAUGCUUAUUAAAAUAAAGUCACGAACUACCUGUAUCCUUUGAUCCAAUUUUAUAAAUUAUGUAUUAUUUAUUUUUUAUUAUAUUUUUUGUAUACUGUUCCAUAAUAAUAAUAUGCAGCUUAAUUAUUUGCGAAACAGAUCUGUCGUAUUUGUUAUUUUGUCAGUAAAUCUUAUUUAUUAUAUAUUUUUUUAUUAGAUCUGCCAAGAUCUGUUUCCCAAAUAAUUAAACACUCUGUACAUUUUAUUCCCAUAGAUAUCUAUAGUAAAUAGUUUUUUGCAUAUAUGUAUGAGGCCCAAGCCGAAAAAAGUCAUAACAACAAGAAAAUUGUGAUUAAAUUUUAUUAUUAUAAUAAAUAACAAAUUAAUGAAAAUGUUUUUGUAUUAGUGAAUUAUUAAAACAACUUAAAUUGUAAAUUUCGUUUUUGUUUUACUCUUUGACUAUAGUUUUCUAUUCUGUUUAG